AGGGCUAUGAGCUCUUUCUACUCGGGAAGUCAGGCUCUCUCGUUAGCUCUAUUCUUCUCCGGGCUCGAUGUCGCUGUCAACAUAUUUGGUUUGGCGUGGAACGGACAGUACUUUACCAUCGAUAACAUCAAGCACUGGUUCGACCUGCCAAACUACAAAUUUACCACUAAUCCGAUCGAUUUCCUCGCCGUCGCACUUUUAAGGGAUUGCGUAUUGAUCGGUGGAGGUUUAGCCGCAUGGACUUCACCGAGUGGCUUCAGUGAAGUGGCUAAAAAAGCUGCAAAUAUUGUCUUUGCUGCAAUGCUAGUGAUUCUUGCGUUUGCUCCGUCAAAGCUGUUGGCUUUCUACGAAGACGAUAAAUUAAAGCUUGCCGUCGGUGACUGGAUCCUUAUGAUUUGGUGCAUCUUCGCCAGUCUAGCCGUUCAGGUAAUAUGGACGAAUGUCUACACUCGUGUGAGUGAACGUAGAAACACAGCUGCUCCUUUGUUCGGUGAGCCCGGCUACGAGGAACGAAUUCUGGAA